AUGCAGGGCCGGCGGCCGAAACAGGAGGAUCGACAUGUGAAGAUUCCAGACCUGACAAAGGCCGCAAAGGCGCUGAAGAUGCCGAUCGACCACUUGCCACAGCCUUGUGCUUUCUUCUCCGUCUACGACGGACAUCAGGGCCACCAGUGUGCCGAGUUCGUUGCGAAGGGCUUCCAUGUGAAGCUACUCAAGCGGUUGUCAGCGGAUACGGACACUGGAGCCUGGGACGAAGCGCGGAUCAGCGGUGCCUUGACAGAAGUCUGUGAGGAGUUGGACACGGAGUUUCUCGCGAAGUUCAGGACUUCGCCUGAUGGCACCACACUGGUUGUAGCACUCAUCGUCGGCACCAAGCUUUUCACGGCUUGGGUGGGAGAUUCGAGGGUGGUGCUUUGUCAGAGGUCGCAGCUCCAACAGAUGUUGGCGGUCUCCCUCACAAAGGAUCAUCGGCCGAACCUCGAGGCUGAGGCGCAGAGGGUCAAAGAAGCCGGCGGCAUCGUCUUAGACUUCGGGAUGGGCGUGUACAGAGUCGCUCACGACGGCUACGAGGAGAAGAUGCGGGAAAUCCGGCGGCAGCAAGCACUUGGCAUGGGCUUUGCCGGGAAGGAGCCCGUCGCGCUGGCAGUGUCCAGAGCCCUUGGCGACCGUGACUUCAAGGCAGUCACGGGCAAGGGGCUCCUGGUCGCCACCCCCGACGUGAGGUGUGUGGAGCUCGAUAGGACGCACAUGUUCAUGGCGCUGAUGUGUGAUGGCAUCACAGACGUGAUGCAAGAUGACGAGAUCUGCGGGGAGCUGGAGAUGCGCAGACCUGGCCCUCCUGACCCGGUAAAGCGCUGUCGAAUAGCGUGCGGCGCGCUGGUGCAGGAAGCCUACAAACGUGGCAGCGAGGACAACCUGACGGUGAUCUUCGUUCGAUUCCACUGGCAAGGUGGCUAUGAAGAG